UAAUUUAACAGAACAUAAUUUUUUUUACCAUGAUGUAUUCCGUGGGCCAAAUCAUGUAAAAGACUGGUGAAAUCAAUACCCAAGCGGUGGCGCUACAUUUGAGUGACGUCAUGAUACUACUGCAACAUGACUGGAACAGACGAAGAGGAAGAGAAAAUCCAUUGCGUUGAUUGCGUGACUGCGGACGUUGAUUCAAGGAGCAGAAGCAGUACCGCUCGUUCCAACCCUGUUUACAUUGAUAUCUCAGGUGAAAAACAACACAUAACUGCCCAAAUAUCUGCGGCCAUGGAGUCGCAUGGCAAAGAGGAACUCAAGGGACCCGUGUUGCAUAUCGUGGUGGUCGGAUUUCACCACAAGAAAGGCUGUCAGGUGGAAUACUCCUACCCGCCACUCAUCCCUGAGGAGGGCCAUGACAGCAGCAACUUGCCCGAGGAGUGGAAGUACCUGCCUUUCCUAGCCCUGCCUGACGGGGCACACAACUACCAAGAAGACACUGUGUACUUUCACCUCCCUCCUUUCAGUGGAGCAGAUAUGAAGUGUGUGUAUGGAGUCUCCUGCUAUCGCCAAAUAGAGGCUAAGUCCCUGAAGGUCCGACUGGCUGACGUCACCAGGGAGACGGUCCAGAAGAGCGUGUGUGUCCUCAGUCGAGUGCCUCUGUACGGUCUUCUCCAAGCUAAACUACAGCUCAUCACACACGCCUACUUUGAGGAGAAAGACUUCUCACAGAUAUCUAUAUUGAAAGAGUUGUAUGAACACAUGAACGGUUCUCUGAGAGGAACGGCUCUGGAGGGAUCACAAGUGUUCCUGGGUAAAAUUGUCCUGCUAUUCUAUCUGGCUCCAACACUAGGUAUGUCACCAAGAGAUUUAAUACUGCACUUUCGACACAAGGUUCUUAUUCUCUUCAAACUGAUUCUGCUGGAGAAGAAGGUGCUGUUCUACGUAUCUCCAGUCAACAGACUGGUAGAGGCUCUGAUGACUGUACUGUCACUGUUCCCAGGCAUGAUAGAACACGGCCUGGCAGACUCGUCCCACUACCAGCCCAAGAGCAGUGUCUCAGACGACAUCAGCCUGCUGGAGUGUGUGUCGGGGGCUGAGGAGUUUGUCUCUGUCUCUGUCACUGACAUCACCAAUGCUACCCUGGAGCUGGUAGGGGAGGAGGGUUUCGUUGAGAACCAGACUACCACCACCUCCACGGAGGCCUCGCAGCGGACAGCCUCCCCCUCAGACACCUCCACCCCAGCUGUGGCAAGCACAAACCUCAAGCCCCCCUCCCGUACCUCUCCAGACUCGUCAGAGAGCGACUGGGAGACACUGGACCCUAGCGUGCUGGAGGACAUUCCAAAAGACUCUGAGACAGGGGGUUUAGGUUUGGGCGUGGAGCACCCAGAAACGUUUGACCCAGAGCCAGGUGUCCCUAUCACAGUUCAGCCCCAGGGCCAGUCAGCAGGGCAAGGGGGGCAGGUGGCUGUCACUCAGGGCCUAGUGUCAGGCCUGGAGGAGGACCAGUACGGACUGCCACUUGCCAUCUUCACCAAGGGUUACCUGUGCCUGCCCUACAUGGCCUUGCAGCAGCACCACCUGCUGUCAGACGUGACGGUGCGCGGCUUUGUCGCUGGGGCAACCAACAUUCUCUUCCGUCAGCAGAGGCAUCUGAGUGAUGCGAUCGUUGACGUGGAGGAGGCUAAGAUCCAGAUCGGGGACCCAGAGUUGAGGAAGCUGCUGGGCCUGACCACGGCUGACCUGCGUUUCGCCGACUACCUGGUCAAACACGUCACGGAGAAUCGCGAGGACAUCUUUCUGGAUGGGACAGGCUGGGAGGGAGGGGACGAAUGGAUUAGGGCCCAGUUUGGACUUUACGUCCAUUCUCUCCUGUCCUCUACCUUACAAGAAGACAAUGAGAAGUUGCUAGCGGACUGGGGCACGCCCUUCAUCUCAGCCUGGAGGAUCACACACAACUACAGAGUGUGGUUCAGCAACAAACACCCAGCCAUGGCCAAGAUCACCCCGGGCCAUCCGUUCCAAGGGCAGUACAGUGCUGCUGAUCUGAAAUUAAGAUUCUCACACUCGGUGCAGAACAGCGAACGGGGGAAGAAAAUUGGAGCAGCUGUGAUCACCACCAGUCGAAGUGUCGUGCAGACCGGGAAGGCAGUAGGUCAGUCGGUGGGUGGAGUGUUAACCAGUGCUAAGUCAGCCAUGUCGUCCUGGUUCUCUACGUUGGCCCAGCCUGCUAUUUUAGCCACUCCCGCAGCCUCCCCUGAGCCUCAGUCACCUACCGAGCCUUGACCACCUACCUGCUGCCUGCCUCCUAACCUAGCCUUAGCCUCUGUCACAGGCUUUAGCCAACAUGAGUUAAGCCUAGGAGCUGAGGAUACCCUAACCUAACUCCCUCCAACGGUCCUUCCCAGAGUGUCGCUCAAUUCAUCUUUCCUUGAUUCCUCGCAUCCUUUCUCCUGAGCUCCUUCUCAAACCCUAUUGGAGAAGGUCAGAGGGGAGGGAUCUUGGACAGUGACCUCCAAUCCAGUUGAGGCGGCGAGGAGACAAGAUGCGACGUGACACACUCCUCCUCUCCCUUUUCCUUUCAGAACCAGCUAGUUACAGAAGGAACCGGGGUCAGGUGGGCAGGAUAGGUUUUAUUUUAUGAAGGAUUUGUUUCAGGCCUCUGAUGGGAUACCACAAUACAGCAGAGGGAUCCAGGUCUUUGUUUGUAAAUGAUUCCCUAUGUAGUUCACAACUUUUGACCAGGGCCCAUAAGGUACUGGUGAUAAGUAGUGCACUAAGAAUAGAUGCCAUUUAGGAUGUAACCCUGGUCUGCAGUACCCUCUCCCCUCCAUCCCCAGGUUACAACUGCUCCAGCAUGGAGGACAGAUGAGAGGAAUAGCCACUUGUGCUAAACAGACAUAUGCUCAGAGCUUCAGAUUUCAGUGUGUUUUUCUGUGUGGUGGAAGACCUUUUGUGUUUUAUCCAAACUGUACUGAAAGUGUGAAACCAGUGCAUUGCUGGCUGGAAGCUGUGUUACAGUAAAUGAGCAAGUUAUUCUCGGAUUACUGGACAGGACAGACAACCUAUGUGCGUGUCCCAAAUGGAACCCUUACCAUAGUGCACUACUUUUGACCGGUCCCUGGUCUAUAGUAGUGCACUAUAAAGAGAAGAGGGUGCCAUUUGGAACAUAACCUGAAGGAAUGACAAACAGUAUAACAGAACUGCUUUUUAUCUUUUUCCUCAUGUCCGCACUAUACAUGUAAUAGAACUUUUAUAAAGAUGGAGUAUGGGAUAACUCAUUUAUUAGUUGUAUAUAGUUUGUUGGACUUGUACAUAAGUGUUUUCCCUCUCUCGACACGACUGGAACCAAUCUCUACCGUGCAUCUGAAAUGGCACCAUAUUCCCUAUAUAGGUCACUACUUUUGACUAAGGCUCUUUAAACCUAUUCCCUAGAAAGCGCACUACCAAAACAUAGGAAAGAUUAUAUUUCUAUGUACUCUCUUAGCCUAUACUUGUUACUUUGAGAUGAUUAUAGUACUUCCCCCCCAACUGUUUGUAUUGAAGUUGUUGGAUUAGGUUAACAUUUAGAAAAGUGUGUGUAUAUAUAUAUAUUUAGUAGGCAUGAUCUUUGAGCUCUGGGACUGUAUCCACUAAAAGUUGGAGUAAGAGUGCUGAUCUAGGAUCCCAUAUAACCUUAUCAAUUACGAUCUAAAAGGCCAGACUGAUCCUAAAUCAGCACUCGUACUCAGACGUUUAGACAUGGGCCCAGGUCCAGUUUUUAAACUGUAAUAACAUCUUUGCCGGCUGUCUGAACCAUCAUCUCCUGUCUUGACUUUUAAACUAAAGUCUAUGCUUCAUUUGAACUCUGAAAAUCACAAGUCUGUAAUAAUUUUUUUCACCUGACAUUGUUUUGAAAAUAUUCUAAAUUGUAAAGUUAAUUUAUGCUGCAUUAAAUAUGAAAAACAGUC